UUAGGAUGAUGGCUGGGGCCAGCUUAAGGAUGGUAUUUAAAACCCAGUUGAGCAGAAUGUGGCGAGCUACGUUUCUGCUUGAGAGGUUAGUCCCUCAAGGCGCUCGGUAGUCCGCGUCCGUUUCCUUGGAGACGGACAGCCCGGUCUCGCUGGAAGUUUGAGCGGCCUAGGUUACCACGUGGUCCACGCUCAGACAAAAGAGUUGCAGAAGCCGAAUAAAUAGGCAUCGCAAGAGAUCGGAGCCCCGCGGACUCACAACUCUUCUUCCAUUUUCCCCAAUGGCCCAUGUCUUUCCAAAACCCAACCGCUCUGGGAUUCGCUCCACAGUCCACAACUUCCAGAUUCUGGAUUAUGUUCCAUGGCAGCGGUCCAAGCAGAAAACCAAGCCAUCUACUCUGCCUCCAGUCCUACAAUCCAGAGGCCACAAGAAGAGCAGAGUGAAGGCUUUGACUAGUGUCCCGCCAGCGUUGCAUUCCAAGUCCUCCACGUCGAUGACAAGCCAGCUGAGGCAGCCACAAGAAAUGCACAGAGAGAAGCUGGACUCUGGGAAGGCACAGGCCAAAAUCCGGCUAAUGAAGACGUUGCUCAGGAACGAGCGAAACUCACUCCAGGAGCUGUGCAGCCAUGAGGUCUUCCUCACCACGCUCAACUGGGAGCUGGUCAAGGCCAUCCAGGACAUGGAGGACAGCUCGGCCCUGAACGCGCGCGCGAUGCUGCAGCAGCAGGACAUCCUCGCGACCAUCGUGGACAUCUUGGAGUGCUCCAACAAGAAGAAGCUGCGGCAGCUGACGUGUGAACUGAAGGAGUGGGAGGAGAAGGAGGAAUCCAAGAUGAAGCACCUGGAGCAGCAGGUGGAACAGCUGAACGCCACGAUCGAGAAGACCCAGAAGGAAGUGAACUUCCUGAGCACGUACAUGGACCGCGAGUACCCUGUCAAGUCGGUCCAGAUUGCCAACCUUGUGCGCCAGCUGCAGCAGAUAAAGGACAGCCAGCAGGAUGAGCUGGAUGACCUUAAUGAGAUGCGCAGAAAGGUCCUGGAGUCUUUGUCCGAGCAGAUUCAGAGGAAGAAGAAAAACCUUCUGAGAUCUCUGGUGGUGAAAAACCAGCAGCGCCAUCAGGAGGCUCUUCUGCAGAAGAUCCGGGAUGGGCAGGACAUGCUGAAAUGCAGGGGCAAGUUCAGAGAAUUUAUCAGCCAGUUUGAGGAGGAAAUACCCAUCCUAAAGGCCGAGGUGGGGCGGCUCAAGGUCCAAGUCCAAGAGCCCCGAGAGACCGUGUUUGCGGAUGUUCUGCUUCGGAGACCCAAGUGCCCCCCAGACAUGGACGUCAUCCUCAACAUCCCUGUGGAGGAACUGCUCCCCUUCUAGAUGGCGGGCCAUGGGCCACCCUUCCCUCCCUGCUCUUUCCCCCAUACCUGGAGCCUUGACUUGUCUCCUUCCACGGCCACGUGUCCACUCAGACCCUGGUCUGCCCUCUCUCCCUUCCUCCCUCUCUUCCUUCCUUUCUUCCUUUCUCCCUCCCUCCCUCUCUCCCCCCACCCUUCCUCUCCUUUCCUUCCUUCCUCCCUCUCUCCCUUCCACCUUCCUCUCCUUUCUUCCCUCCCUCUUUCCCCCCACCCUUCCUCUCCUUUCCUUCCUCCCUCUCUCCCUUCCGCCUUCCUCUCCUUUCUUCCCUCCCUCUUCCUCCCCACCCCUCCUCUCCUUUCCUCCCUCCCUCUCUCUCCCCCUCCCCCUCCCCCCUUCCUCUUUUCUUUCUGGCUGGUGCAGCUGCUUGGGCCAGGUGUGCAUUCCCAGUGAAGCGUGCCAUUUCUUUUUACCAAUAAAGCUGGCUUUGCAUUUGCUC